CCGAGUUACCGUAACUGUCAUCGAUCAAACACUGUCAUUUCUACUUAACUCCACUUUUUCCUUUAAAAUGCACUGCGACGGAGCAAUUCGAAACAUAGAAAAAGAAAUUUUGCGAGAAUGCACCAACAAAAAUAUACAAGUACACGAGAAUUUCGUCAAUUACUACCUCAAACUUCUCUCGUUGGACCCAUCUUGGGGCAUAACGGGAAAAGACGUCCUCAAUCGAAAUGACGUCCAGCGUUUUAUUAAACACGUAGUGAAUAAACUGGAAGAUGAGUACACUCCUCCUAUGAUAACACUGAAGAUGCAAUACUACUUCACUUGUAAUUUCCAACAGAAGAACAAGAUGGUUAAGAGGAAUCGGGCGGAAUUAUUAUUGAGGUUGAAAGUGUUAGAGCAGGAGAUUAUAGACGUGAAAACUGUAAGCGAGGAAGAUUAUAUUAACGUGUUGUAUAAGAAGAUGGUGUAUUACAUUGGUUUAGCGUCAGGGUUGGGAAGUCCGUCGAUAGAGUCAGUGUAUAAGGAAGUUAGAGCCGCUUUAGGCAGUAUCCUUGACAGGAACGAGAUAAAGGAGUUCACGACGCAGCCGAGGUACGUCAAGUUGGAUAACUUGGCGGAGUUUACUAAACUGGUGACAGGAAUAAGAUUGUUUAACAGAGAUUGUGGAAAAGGAGGGGAAGGAAUGGAGGACUUACCGAAACUCAUCAAUGAAGCUCUGGAUGCUACAGGAGCCGAACUUCAAGCUACUCUUGUUCAAAUUAUGGAUAAGGUGAAUUUGAUGACCACAGCUCUGGAUUUUGUUUACUUUACGGAGCUUAACGAAAGAAAUCGCUAUGUUAUCGAGUGUAGGCCUCCAAAAGGGGUAACUGUGUCGGAUGUGGAGACCGUCAGGGAUACCCUUAUUGUUUACAGGCAAUACGAGGUCUAUAUCAGGAAACUCCUAGAAGAAGUAGAUAAAAUAGAAACGACUUCUGGGCAUAUUUUCUCAAACCUGCAACACGCUUUAAUUGAACUUCAUCGCGUAGUCAAACACAGAAUCGCUAUUCCUGUUAACCAAGUUUUUCCCCACUUUAUCAAACUUUCUGACAUUUGGUGCAAUCUCCAAGACCAAACCAUCCUCUUAGCAAAAGUGAACCAAAUCAUGACCGGCUUACAGAGAUACAUUAAGUUCUUAAACUUCAAUGAUGUCACAGCAGAAAUGAUGUUACCAGCGGGAGAAAGCCCGAUGACGGAUGCUCAACGUCUAGACAAAACUAGAUGGCUGACAAUACCAACAGAGAAGAGCAAAGCAAAAAUUGUUGAUAUUACAAAUUACACAAGCAUAGAUAGAUUGAAACUAGAGUAUUUAGGAUUUUGUGCGUGGAAGCUUUUUGUGACUGAUGGGGCUCUAUUACCAGGGAAUCCCAGUUUAGGGAUUAUCAAGUCCAUGCAUAUGAACUUUGUGUGUUCGUCAGUAGAGGCUGGGGUAGCGUUUUCGCACGAACCGGAAAAGUGUGUAAUGGAAGGUAUUAAUUUGGCUAGAAGAAAAAUUGAACUUAUUAACUUGCUGGGAAUAAAGAGUCGGUUAAUUUUGGUUCAGAAUAUCAAAGAGCUAUUUAAAGAACCACCAGAACUUCCACUAACUGAAGAUGUGGAAAUACAGACCGAAAUUCAUCCGCUUGAGGAUGCUAUAGACAAGAAUUAUUGUUGGAAUGUGUGGGAUUUAAGAAGGAGAGCGAUUCUCUUCGCAAAUUUGUCACAUUGCAAGACCUUGAGUUGUCAACCCCAGACAAGUCACUACAAAGUGAAUUUCAAGACGCAGACUUGGGAAACCAAAAAUCAGGAGUGUCAGACCAGAAGAGACAACUACUCUAACGUGCCUAGACCUUUGAACUACUUCUUCGGUUUAAGAGGUCGGAAAGACAAUAAACAGUUUAUUAUUGAGCUCACAAGGCCAGUCGAAGAAUAAAAAUUAUACAUAUUGGUUAUAUUGUCAUCAAAA